AUGUCCAGUAUGAAGUCGUUCAUCCUAGCGGCCCUCUGCGCCGCCAUGUUGAGCCCAGCUCCAGUCCAGGCAGCGUCUGAAGUGACGGCUCCUGCGGGAAGACUUGUCGGGCUGGAGCAGGACGUGCUCGGGACGACAGUUCACGCCUUCCUCGGGAUCCCCUUCGCGCACCCUCCAGUCGGCAACCGGCGUUUUCGGCGAGCUGAACGCCUACCGUCGUGGGACGGGGUCUACAAUGCCACAUCGUAUCCAAACACGUGCAUUCAGACAUCAAACCUUAUCCCGGUGGGAGGGGAGAUCACCCCGCAGAGUGAGGACUGUCUGUACCUGAACGUGUGGCAGCCGAACCCUGUCCCUACUGGUGCCGCCGUCAUGGUCUGGAUUCACCCGGGGAGUUUCAGGAUUGGCUCUUCCUCACUGUUCAACGGGAUGUACCUGACUGCGGCAGAAGGAGUGAUCGUGGUAACCGUGAACUACCGACUUGGCCCGCUGGGAUUCCUGUGCACAGGAACUGAUGACGCGCCCGGAAACAUGGGUCUGACGGACCAGUUACUGGCCCUCCAGUGGGUACAGGACAACAUCCCAUCUUUCGGGGGAGAUUCCUCUAAGGUAACCCUUUUCGGUCAGAGUGCGGGUGCGAGAGGUGUAGGUUUCCAUCUACUGUCACCGGAAAGUAGAAACGCCUUCAGUCGGGCUAUUCUGGAGAGUGGAACCGCCUUGCUGCCGGCUACGAUCGAAACCGUGUCAGAAGCUAACAACAGGGCCUUGACGUUUUCCGAAAGUCUCGGAUGUCCUACUGAUCAAGGUACGGACGCACUACUGACAUGUCUACGGUCUCAAGAUGCCCAACAGUUCGCAACGUUUACCAACUUCAACCCCGUGGCGGGUACCGGCUUUAUCCCCGCAAACCCCGCACAGGCGGUCGAAGAUGGCAUGUUCAAAAGAGGUGACAUUCUGAUCGGAACAAACAGAAAUGAAUUUGUCAUUUUCUUGAGUUACUUUGGCAUUCCUGCCUUCAGUGCCGGUGGUGGCUCCGGGCCUCCCGUCGAUAGGGAACAAUUUUUACAGGCUAUGAACGCAGGCUUGGAAGGGUCUCUCAUUGAAGGACUCAAUGAUUUGGCAUUGGAGGCAAUCGAGUUCCAGUAUACCGACUGGCUUCACCCUGACGCUGACACCAGGUACCGGGACAUCCUGGAUGCAGCAAGGGCAGAUUAUGGAUACGUUUGCCCCGCUGUCGCCACGGCCCGAGCCCAUGCCCAAUUCGGCGCCAACGUGUACAUGUACCGGUUUGCCCAUCGCGCUACCACGUCCUACUGGCCUGACUGGGUUGUAGCAACCCACGGUGAUGAACUCCAGUUCGUGUUCGGGCUGCCCACCAUACCAGCUGUCGGCUACAGCACGGAAGAUGCCGAAGUAUCCAGUAGGAUGAUGCGGUACUGGGCGAACUUUGCCAAAACAGGCAACCCAAACAACAACAACAACGAUGACGACCCUGUGUGGGCGCCGUUCACCGAGACAGACAGACCCUACAUGCUGCUGGAAGGGAGCGGGACGAGGAUGAUGACCGGGUUGAAGACCACUAAAUGUGCCCUGUGGGAUAUCUACGUGCCAUCUCUCAUGAACAAAACAGAUGCACAAGGCCCUAUGUCGUCAGAGCCCGUCCAGUGCCAGACUACCACAGAAGUUGUCGCCCCGGCAGUUUGGGGACAGAGUCUGACACUGGCUCUUCUCUUCAACCUCAUCAGGGACGUCAUCAGCUUCGUCACGACCUUCUUCGUGCUGUGAGAGAUGAUGACGUCACCAGCUUCGUCAUGACCAUCUUCGUGCUGUGAGAGAUGAUGACGUCACCAGCUUCGUCACGACCAUCUUCGUGCUGUGAGAGAUGAUGACGUCAUCAGCUUCGUCACGACCAUCUUCGUGCUGUGAGAGAUGAUGACGUCAUCAGCUUCGUCACGACCAUCUUCGUGCUGUGAGAGAUGAUGACUAAAUCCGGAGAGAAUGAAAGGCUUUGACCAGAGUCAAUGUUUUGUAGGCUGAACAAAUAGUCGAAAUAUACUACUAGUAAUAAUGAUCUUGUGUGUUAUGAAAUAGCGUUUUGAAUGAUUCAUAAAAAGGGACCCAAAUAAAACUGUGCUUCUAUCUUCAAUAGGAAGGCUAUGCACAUUGGAGUAACUUCUCUCAAUAUCUCUUUAUUUAGCAUGUACUUUUACUAUUAACUGCUAGUCGCUGUGAUAUGUUUCAAUUUUAGCUUUGACGUGUUUGCUCGAUGAUCAAUUAAUUCAAACUUAAC